AUGAUGGAAUUCGGAUGUUUGGAGCGUCCACUAGCGAAAUUUUUCCACAGCUAUGGAGCUUUCGUUUCCCGUCAUCAGUUUCCGUUCAUUGCGUUUCCAGUGUUGCUCACGCUCUACUUGGCGACAGGUGGUCUACACCUGACAUCGAUCAUCACGAUUUCUCUGAGUACUCAAUGCCUUGAGGUUGAGGAUCAUUUAUUGCAGGUGACGGUGGUUGCGCGGAACGGCGGCAACAUUCUGUUGCCCGAGUAUGCGCGUUCAAUCAAGAGACUCGAUAUGUAUAUUCAGAAUCGAAUCAAGGUGAAAUUUCGAAACAAAACAUACACUUAUCGCGAUCUUUGUCUUCGUUGGAAGAAAAAGUGUCCAGGCAACGACCACAUCCAAAUCAUCUCAGAGCUGUAUAAUCAUGGCAUUAAUAUCACCUACCCUACAUUCCGAAUGGGAAACAGGAGCGGUUAUCUUGGUGCUGGUCUUGGUGGGGUUUCACUCAGUAAGGACGACAACAAUACCGUAAUCUUAGCAUCGGCUAAAGCAUGGCUGCUGGUGUAUCAGUUGAAGUUCUUUCCAACCAACGUUUCCUACGUCUCUGGAGUUUGGGAGAAGGCAUUCAAAAUCCAUAUGGAUAAUUAUCCAGAAGAUCCAUACAUCUCCAUAACGUACUUCCACUCUCAAACCCUUGCUGAGGAAUUGAAGCGCAAUGCUGACAGUUUAAUGCCAAGAUUCGUCAUGGCCUUUGUGAUUCUAAUGAUCUUUGCUGUGAUUUGUUCACUGGUCACUAUUAAAGGUACUUUCUAUGUGGACUGGGUUCUGUCAAAGCCAAUACUGUCGAUUUUUGGCGUGAUUAACGCUGGUAUGGGCAUCGCCAGUGCCAUGGGCGGUCUGAUACUGCUCGACGUGCAGUACAAUGACAUCGUAGCCGUGAUGCCAUUCCUCGUCGUUGCUGUUGGUACUGACAACAUGUUUCUGAUGGUGGCCGCAGUGAAACGAACUUCGCGGGCACUUCCUCUGGAAAAGAGGAUCGGCGAGUGCAUGUCUGACGCGGCAGUAUCUAUCCUUAUAACUGCUCUCACUGAUGCGUUCUCAUUUGGCGUCGGCACAAUCACUACAAUUCCAGCAGUGCAGAUUUUUUGCAUCUACACUUGCUGUGCUCUGGUGCUCACUUUUCUCUACCAGGUUGCUUCGUCUCCAUCAACCAGACUACUUUGGCUUGGAUCACGAGUGCACCCCGAUCCGAGCCAUGCUUCCAAUCGGAAACAGUGCGCUGUUACGAACUUUUUCCAGAACUGGUAUGCGCCUAUCCUGAUGCAGCCAGCUAUCAAAGCUUUGGCCGGAAUAUGGUAUUGUAUUUACGUCGGAUUUGCCAUCUACGGUUGCACACAAUUGCGAGAAGGACUGGAACCGGUUAAUCUCUUGGUUGACGAUUCCUAUGCAAAGCCCCACUACGUCGCUUUGGAACGACAUUUCUGGCACUAUGGAGCUACACUGCAGAUUGUGGUGAGUAACGCCCCGAAUCUAAGCAAUCCGUAUGAGAGAAGCCGGAUAGAAGAAAUGGUGUUAGCAUUUGCCAAUGCACCACAAGCAAUUGGCGAGCAGAGUGUCCAGUUUUGGAUGAACGAAAUGAAAAGAUACUACCGUACAGAACUCAACAUCACCAUUAGAGAUGACGCAUUCUACGAGAUGGCAGCGCACUAUCUUUACACGAAUGACGCCGACCCAUGGAUGGAGGAUGUCAAAUGGGCCGUAGAUAAGCAUAAUCGGCCUUACAUAUAUGCAUUCAGGUUCUUGAUAGGAAUGCGAGAUAUCUCUAGUACUAUUCAACAGCAGAUAGCCACGAGGAGUUUUCGCGAAGUCGCUAGAAGAUAUGCCGAGUACAAUGUGACAACAUUCAUGCCACUCUGGCUCUUCACAGACCAGUACGAUCUGGUCGUGCCAAACACAGAUGCUAUCUCGAUGAUCACCAUCAUAAUGUCUGUAGGAUUCUCUGUCGACUACUCUGCACACAUCACAUAUGGAUAUGUGAUUUCGAAGGAAGCUGAUCCACGCGAGCGGGUGCGUGAUGCUCUUGGCGGUCUUGGAUGGCCAGUCGUUCAAGGUGCUGCGUCAACGAUACUAGCGGUCGCGGUUUUGGCCGACGUGCCCGCCUACAUGAUUGUCACGUUCUUCAAAACUGUAUGA